CAGCGGAAGUGACGUGCAGCGGCGGUGCGGCCUGGGUAACGGCCGGGCUAACGAUGGCUGGUAUGUCGGUUCUGAAGCGACUGGCGCCUUUCGCUCACGUUGGAGGCCACCUCUUCAGAGGCCGCUGCGCGAGGGCGGCUGGAGCCCGUGGCGUCCGUCGGGCUGGUGGAGGUGCGCACAUUGAGCCCCGGUACAGACAGUUCCCACAGCUGACCAGAUCCCAGGUGAUCCAGGCCGAGUUCUUCAGUGCGACCAUGUGGUUCUGGAUUCUCUGGCGCUUCUGGCACGACUCAGAUGCUGUGCUGGGUCACUUUCCUUAUCCCGACCCUUCCCAGUGGACGGAUGAGGAAUUGGGUAUCCCUCCGGAUGAUGAAGACUGAAAUCGGAGGCUCAGCUCUUGCCAAAUGGGUGCACCCCAUGUUUCUUGUUAUGUUUAACAUUUGUCUGUAAACAUGUUUUGACUUUGCACCUAUGGUGGUUCCGAAGAAACAGUGCAUUUUAUAACAGUAUAAAGACUAAUUAACACA